AUGCCCACGACACAUGUGGAGCCGGGCUCGGACCCGCUGCUGCAAGAGAUCGCGACGGGACUGUGGAAGUCGAAGAAGGUGGUUGUUAUUACGGGGGCGGGGAUUAGUACGAAUUCGGGGAUUCCGGAUUUCCGCUCCGAAAAUGGACUGUACUCGUUGAUCCAGGCGCAGUUUGAUGCGGCCGACGCGAACAAUAACAACCCCUCGCAAGGGGCUGAGAGGGGAGAAGGCAGUGACAGUGAUGGGCCGGAUGCUGGUGCGGAACAACGCCCUGCUAAGAGGCAAAGGCGGACAUAUGACAGUUCACCGGGCGUGCCGUUCCCUGGACUACGGCAGGCUAACGUGAAGGAGGUGCCGCCGAAAGUCGAGGAGCGGGAGCAGGAGGAGGUCCCGGCGUCCUCCCCGCCUGCCGGGUUCUUCAGCACCCCUACACCCAACUCCCGAUUACGACCUCCGCAUCUCAUCGAGACCCUCCCCGGCAGCUCCUCCCCGCUUUCUUCACCACCCGCGAUCGUGUACGACCCGUACCAAACCUCGACACCAAGUUGUCCCUCCACACAGGACAGCGACGAAGCACAGUCCUCCCGAUCUGACAGCGAGGAGCCGUCGUCGGUCACCACGCCGCUUCUCUCUUCCUCCCAAAAUUCGUUUAGCGGCGCCUCCAAAAACACCCUCCCCGUCAUGAAAGGCCGCGACCUGUUUGACGCGCAAAUUUGGUCUUGUCCCAUACGGACGUCGGUGUUCUACGCGUUUGUGUCGGCGCUGCGCGAGAAGGUGCGUACGGCCGAGCCGACGACCAGUCACCGGUUUGUGAGUGUGCUGCGGGACAGCCGGAAGUUGGUGCGGUGUUAUACCCAGAACAUCGACCAACUGGAGGAGCGGGUUGGACUCAGCACGUCGUUGGACCUAGGCGCUGGGAGCCGGUACCGGUUUUCGGUGCGCGCCGGGCGGAAGGGGGCUCAGGGGCAGGCCUCGCAAACAGCCCUCGAAUCCACAGUCGACGACGAACCACCAUCAUCUGCCCCUCCAGCAUCGCAAUCCCAACAACCCGCCGCAGCGCCCGGCCCCAACCGCGGUGUGGAGUGCGUGUGUCUGCACGGCUCGCUGGCCGAGCUCCGGUGCUUCGUCUGCGCCCGCACCGCGUCCUGGGAGGGCGACGCCCGGCUAUCGGACACCCUUGCUGGCCGUCAGCCCGACUGCCCUCACUGCGCAGGCGCGACAGCAGCUCGAGAAGAACGCGGCAAGCGAGCGCUAGGCGUCGGCAAGCUCCGGCCUGAUAUCGUGCUCUACGGCGAGGAACACCCGCACUCCCACCUCAUCAGCCCGUUGGUCCAGCAUGAUCUUUCCCUCGGCCCGGACAUGCUCCUCAUCCUGGGCACCAGUCUGCGCGUGCACGGCCUGAAGGUGCUGGUCCGCGAGUUUGCCAAGGCGGUACAUGAUCGGGGAGGAAAGGUCGUGUUUGUAAAUUUCACCAAGCCGCCGGAGAGCGUGUGGUCGGAUAUCAUUGACUACUGGGUGCAGUGGGACUGUGACGCGUGGGUGGAUGACUUGCAGGUGCGGAAACCGGCGUUGUGGUUGCCGCCUGGGACGGUCCUGCCGGAGGAGGAGAAGGAGAAGACCAAGCCGAAGGGAUCGCGGCGACAAAGCGGCGAGAAGGGAUCGAAAAAGAAUAGGAACGAGUCCGUGCCCCGUAAGAAGGCGGUGAAAGCGCGCAAGCAACCUAAGGAACCAAAAGAACCGAAAAAGCCGAGAGAACCUAAAGUGAGCCCCGACGCGAAACGCCCGUCGUCGGUUCGCGACCACAAACAGAACGGCGCUUAUCUCGUGUGCAAGAUCAUGGACGAUUUGCGGCGGCUUUCUGGGGAGGAUACUCAGCCGGCGUGGUCUGCUGCUGCUGCUGCGUCCGCUACACCAUCGCCGGUGCAGCCUGUUAAGAAGCGUAGGGGCAGGCCAAGGAAGUCGGCCCCGGCUUUGUUGGAUGGUGCGGCUGCUGAUGCUGCUCAGGUCAGUGCUACUGCGGUCAGUGCUGUCGGUGAACCGCGCAAUGCGACGGUUUUGCCACGUCCUGACGUCGCCGGAUUCGCUUCGUCGCCUGUGCGUGACACGGCCAUGGAGGAUGUGCCUGGGCCUGAUGCAGGCGGCCUGUCUAUCUCCGCUGCUGUAAAGAGCAGGAAGCGCAAGCAAACUGUCUGGCGCAUGGUUCGGGGGGUCGAGACGCGGGUUGUGUUGGAGAGUGACACGAUGCCAGCAGCGACGCCAACACCAAUACCUGUAGCACUGCCAAUACCUGUACCAGCGCCAUCAGUCGAAGCGCAAGUACCUCCGACAUCCACUUUACCGCACACACCAGCCAUCUUCCGGCCUGCACAUGCUACGCCUGUUCCAGAAGACCGGCGACUCCCUUCACCAACGCCGACAAGCCUGCAACAACCGCCGCGAUACACCGCCGACGGCAGCUACGCCCACCUUCAGUCAUUCCCCUCAGUGUCUGACAGACCAGCAUCCGCCCUAGACAUGGCCAUCGACGCUGGCUUCCGCGAAACAGACCGGCUUAUUGCGCAGCUGUCGCGCCCUGCCACGCCGUCGCAGCUGCGGCUUGCCCCGUUGCUGGGAGGUGGGCCCGAGAACGGCCAGCGGGUACCACCGGAGUUGACCCAGCGAGGACAGAAGAGACCGUCUCUGCUGAUGGACCAAGUCCACUAUCAACACCACGACUACCAACCCCGACCUACGACCGCUUCCAAACCUCCUCCGCUAGAACCGAAACUCGCCUCGCCCGGCCCGCGGAAACUGAGUAUUUCCUCGAACGUUGGCAGUCCAGUUGCGCCGACGCCGGGGCGGGAUCGAAGUGGGAGUGGACGGGGUCAGGCAAUACCACAGCAAGGUCAAGGAUAUGGGGACGGUCACGGGCCGUUUUUCAUGAGUGACCCGCUAGCGAGCUGGUUGGGGUACCCGCCGUAUUGGUUGCAGCAGGAACUUCAGGGUGGGCAGAUGCAAGGCGAUCAACUGCAAGGCGCGCAGGCUGGUGUUCAGGGGUAUGCACAGUAUGGCCAGGGACAACAUGGCCAGGGACAGCAAAGACAACAAGGUGGAUAUGGGCAGCCUGGGCAACCUGGACAGUCGGUACAUGGACAACAACAAAGUCAGUCACAGUACGGGCAGCACUCGGGGGUUGGCGCGUUGUUGCAGGCGCAUGAGCAGAUGGUUAGCCAGAGUCGUCCGUCUAGUCAAGGGCAAGCACACCAUCCUGCUGAGAUGCAACAGCAGAAUCCUUACCAAGCACCACCCCAUGAGUACCAUCAGGCACAACAUCAUCCGUUUUCUCCUCCAACGUAUCAUCAACACCAUAUUCCUCAACAGGGUCAGCAGGGACCACCUCCCACCUCGAACCCGACACAGCAUCCUACGUCCCAUCCUACGUCCCAUCCCACAUCUCAUCCAACAUACACAACACAUCCACAGCCACACUCACAUCCCCAACAGCAGCCAACACAACUCCAACAAAUCGACCCGGCAUUACCCUCGCCCUUCGGAGCCCCACGCUCGCCCUGGUGUCCAGACGAACAGCUGCGCAAGGAGCAAGAGGCGGCUAUGAUGUUGUCGGCUUUACGUGGGAGCGGGAGUGUACCUGGGACGCCUAGGGCUGGUGGUGUUAAGGGGGGUAGUGGUAGUGGGAAGGGUGGAAAGGGGAAGAGUGGGAAGGGUAUUUAG